CAGCCAACCAACCGCAUCGUCAACGUCGUGCGCCUGCUUCUGCGUCUGCCUGUAUCAGAAUCCACCUCGACUCCCGGUUUCACCAUGAAGCCUCUCCUGCUUCUCAGUCCCCUCAUCGCCCUCGCCACCGCCCAACUCCUUCGCGGCUCCCUUCAAGUCCCGCUCCCCAACCGUCCCCCGCUCAACGGUCACCUUCCCGCCAUGGCCGACAAGAAUGAUAACGCCGGCAAGAAGGAUGCCAGCGGCGAUAACCAACCCUCUGUCGCCAUCGCCGACGUCCUCGGCACCCAGCGCUCCCUCACCACCUUCUCCUCCUUCGCCCGCCUCCACCCCUCCAGCGAAGCCCUCCUCGCCAACUUCGACGUCAAUACCACCGUCCUAGCGCCCCUCAACUCCGCCAUCGAAGCCCUCCCCCGAAAGCCUUGGGAGGACCCGCGAGACUACAGCCGUCUAGGCCCGAAGGCAUACUCCGGCGACGACGGCCAGGAGCGCGCCCGCAAGAAUCUGCUUCGUUUCGUCGAGGCGCAUCUUGUUGCGGGAAGUCCCUGGAUGGAAGACGACAAGGCAGAAACGGUUCUCGGAAAGCAGGUCUGGUGGGUCGAGAAAGAUGGAAAGAAGUUCGUGAUGCCGGAUGACGUCGAGGUGGAGCGUGUGGCUAGCCAAGUUGCCAACGGCGAAGUGUGGAUCCUAAAGGGCGUCCUGAACUAUGAAUAGACCUAGCGAUCCAUGAUUUCAUAAUGUACAUGUGUAAUGAUGAGAUGAACGACGGUAAGGAUACCUAGCGACAAGAUCGUUGUUGUAGUUGCUUAUUAUUUAUGCCUUUAUUUGUAUUUAUUUUCCACAUCUACUCGUGCUUAAUAGAGACAGCGACUUCUUUUUCA